AUGGAUUUCGCGCACCUCCUGCCGCCGACGUGGAAGAAGCACGUGGCCCUCUGGCUCGAAGACGACAUUCCGUCGUACGACGUGGGCGGCUUCGUCGUCGGCGAGGCCGAGCACGUCGCCUUCCUCCUCGGCAAGUCCGAUGGCAUCGUCGCGGGCGUUCCGUUCUUCACUGCUGUGUUUGAGGCCGUCGACUGCAAGGUCGAGUGGACCAUGCCCGAAGGCUCUGUCAUCACGCCGUCGGCUGUCCCGUCGGGCAAGAUUGUCGUCGCCAAGGUGACUGGCGCGGUCCGCAACAUCCUCCUCGGCGAGCGCACGGCGCUCAACAUCAUCACGCGCGCCAGUGGUAUCGCCACGCAGGCCCACGCGGCGGUGAAGGCUGCGCGCGACCUCGGCUGGCAAGGCCAUGUCGCCGGCACGCGCAAGACAACGCCCGGCUUCCGCAUCGUCGAAAAGUACGCGCUCCUCGUCGCGGGGGCGAGCACGCAUCGGCACGAUCUGAGCCAAAUGGUCAUGCUCAAGGACAACCACGUGUGGGCCUCGGGCUCCAUCACCAAGGCGGUCACCAAGGCCAAGGCGGCGGCCGGCUUCUCGAUGAAGAUCGAAGUCGAGUGCCGCAAGAUCGAAGAGGCGAUCGAGGCGGCGACGGCCGGCGCGGACAUUGUGAUGCUCGACAACUUUGAGCCGCCGCAGCUCAAGGAGGUGGCCGCCAAGCUCAAGCAGCAAUUCCCGCACCUUCUCAUCGAGGCGAGCGGCGGCAUCACGAGCGCAACGAUGCCCCAGUACCUCUCGCCGCACGUCGACAUUGUCAGCCAGGGCAAGUUGACCCAAGGGUACGGCUUUCUGGACUUUUCGCUCAAGAUCCAAAAGAGCGAGGGCGUCUUGCAGCAAUAA